UCCAAUUGUAGUAGUGACAAACGCUUAGGAACUCGCUCAGAGUAGAUAGAAAAAGUGAGAUGAGAGAAAAGGGAAAAUAGGAGAAAUAGAGCAAUGUGAACGAACAGGCGAAAUACAAGAGUUCAGAAGUUUUGUGACUACCAUCGAGUAAACACGUCUUUUUAUUACAUCUCGUGAAGACAGAAACUCUAGUUUUCCCUCGCACUUAGAUAUUUCAAGUGGCGUACGAGGAUAGAUUUUUCAAGUAAAGUUUUAGUUUUUUAGCACAAAUUUUAAAUCGCGUGUGAAUUUUUCAGUGCAAUUUUCAGGUGGAUUAAGGAAUUUCCACGAAAUUUAAUCAAGGAGCUCGGCCAAAUUUUCAAGUCGAUCACAAACACCGGCUCAAUCAUUUCUCAGUGUGAAACCAAUUGCGCGAAGAACGUUCCAGUGACCGGGAACGGAAAAGAGAAGUAGAGCGAAUUUUUUGACAGUUCCGAAGCUACCGAAAGAGUGUGUGCGUGAAUCGAUCAACCAAACAUACCAAUACCGACAACACAACGACGAAGCUGGCACGGUCAGCAGGUCAGUGACUACGAAAAAAGCGGCGAAUUUUGUCAACACAAAAGUGCAUCAAAGUGCAUCGGAGGAUUGUUCGGAGGUCAACGAACUUGUGAUUGUGUGGAUGAAGUGCUGCUGUUAGCUGUUGAUUGCCGACGGGAAAGUUCAUCGAUCUCCUGCUGCUGCUGCUGAAGCCGUUCGUCGACAGGGCUGUUUGGAUUCGACAUCGCCGUGGUGUGAAGUUGGUUUGGUCGUCGUUUAGUGUUGUUGCCGGUGCAUCUGGAUUAUUUUCUGUGGAGUUGCUGCUGCUAUUGUGGACCGAACUUUGGUUUUGUACAACGGAGUGCGACAUUUUGCGACAAGUGCAUUUGUUUUUUCGGAUCUUUUGGUGCAUCAUAAAUCAGGUACGUCGUUUUUGUUUUCCUUUUUUUUUUGUUGUUAUUUUUCUGCGAGAUUUUUUUUUGAUUUUUAUUGUUUUGAUUGAUAUUUGGGUCCAAAUUUUGAUUUUAAUUUUGUGAUAUUUCUUGUGCUUCUUUUGGUAAGGAUGACUUUGACGUCGAUAGCCGAUCCUUAUGUACCGUAUUCAAUGCCAUUCAGCCAAUAUCAGGAACAGCUGGAAUGGAUUUUUAAGCACAACGAUUUCCCAGAGGAACGUUACAAAACGUCUUUCCUAGCCGUUUGCGGUAAGGAAGUUUUUAUUGAAUUAAAAAGGCUAUUUCCUGGGAAAGAUUUUAACGAAUUAACGUAUAAGCAAAUAACCGAUGAGCUAAAGAAACGAUACGAUAAAAAUGAUUCGGCUGUUGUGCACAGCUAUAAAUUUUGGACGAAGAGGCAGGGCCGAAAUGAAUCUUUGGAGGAUUUUGUAAUUACUGUAAAAAAUUUAGCUGAGCGAUGUGACUUUGGGGAGUUUAAGGACAGGGCUAUACGCGAUAUGCUGGUUAUAGGAUUGAGUGAUGUGCAACUGCAGAAGAGACUUUGCGAUGAAGAGGAUCUAUCUGCUACAAAAGCGGAAAGGCUUAUCCUUAACUCCGAGAUUUCAGCCAGUAGAACCAGACAACUAAAGCAUGAUGAUGAUAGGAGAGUGAGCGUAGUAGCACGAUUAGGUAACCGACCGGAAGUUUCACGGUCUCGGAACAGAUUCCGGAACCGGAGUCGUAGUUUCGACCGGAACCGAUCGUUCUCGUCCAGGAGUAGGAGUAAUAGCAAAUACCGAGGCAAAAGAGGUGGAAGUUCCGCUAAACCAGUAUAUAUUUGUUCCUUUUGCAAGAAAACUGGACACACAAGAAAGUUUUGCUACAGUUUACACGACAAAAGCCCGCGUAGAAAUCAAUCCAGCGUUAAGUUUGUAGACACUCCAAAGCCAUCAACUAGCUCCAAAGAUUCGGGACUUUUUAAGCGGUUAAAGAAAGAUCUAGAUAACGAUUCUGAUUAUUCCGACGGCAUGCCUUGCUUAAUGAUUUCGUCUUCGUCCGUCAACAAAAUCAAUGAACCCUGCUAUGUGGAGGUGCUAGUAAGCCAGAAGCGUUUGACCAUGGAAAUAGACUGCGGAUCAGCGGAGAGUGUGAUUUCAGAAGAGCUGUACUUACGAAAUUUUGCAAAUUGUAAGCUGCAAAGCUGCAAUAAAAAGCUAGUAGUUAUUGACGGUAACAAACUAAAAGUUGUUGGAAGAAUUUACGUAGACGUGCAGCUCGCUGGAAAGCGCAAACAACUGAGCAUGGUUGUGUUGCGUUGUAACAACGAUUUUAUCCCGCUGGUUGGCCGGACUUGGCUAGAUGAGUUCUAUUUCGGUUGGCGAAACACUUUUGCCAAUCCUCCGUCGAUGGUGGGGAACAUUAACCUGGCUGAUGAGCAGAAUAUUGUUGAUGAAGUACAAAGUAAGUUUCCUACAAUUUUUACUAAAGAUUUUUCCAGUCCGAUAGUUGGUUAUAAGGGAGAUUUAAUCUUGAAGGAGGACACACCGAUUUUCAAAAAGGCCUACGAAGUACCAUUACGAUUGAGACAGCAAGUGAUUGACUAUUUAACGGAUCUGGAAAGACAAGGAGUUAUCACACCAGUUGAAGCCAGCGAAUGGGCUUCACCGGUCAUUGCUAUUGUGAAGAAGGAUCAGACUAUUCGCUUGGUGAUAGACUGCAAAGUCUCAAUAAAUAAAGUUUUGCUUCCAAAUACGUAUCCUUUGCCUGUAGCGCAGGAUCUGUUUGCUACACUUUCGGGUUCAACGGUUUUUUGUUCCUUGGACCUAGAGGGCGCUUAUACACAGCUGCUUUUGACUGAUCGUUCACAGAAGUUCAUGGUAAUCAAUACCAUUAAGGGCCUCUACUGCUACAACAGACUUCCUCAAGGGACUUCGUCUAGCGCAGCAAUAUUCCAGAAGGUCAUGGACCAAGAGGGAUAUUUGCCUCCGGCGAAGGUGUUGGAUCCGAUGUUGAAAUUUUCAUUCCGUUGCUGCCGGGCGCAUCCGCUACCGCACUGGGAACACGCGAUUGAGCCACCACCGCCGGUGCUGCUUGGUUGCCGACGGCACGUCCAACGCGCUCGGCAGUGUGAAGCAGAAUGGGAGAGCGAAAAUGCUCUCUCCCGCUCCACCGCGGUCGACGCUCGGAAGAAUACUAACUCAGACCAGACCGGCACGGCAGCGCUCUGCCGAUGCGUUCCCAUCGAGUAG